GUGGUGCGCACUACUAAUCGGUCUCGCUUGGAGAUCGCUCCCUCUCCGAUCGUAGGGUUUGAUAUCCGGGAAUUGAGCCAGACUCGUUGCUCGGAAUUGUCUCCUCCUUCUGUUCCGCCACAAGCUCACAACAACAAUUUUCCAAUGGCGCCGCCUCCCGGACCUUAUUCAGGAACCAGCACCCUAGCUUUGGUUGCUCGAGCUUCUGCUUUCUCAUUCGGCCUCGUUUAUGGAAACAUCAAGCUCAAGAUCCUCAAGGCGAAAGCUAAGUCUCAGAGUAAAGCUGAAGCGAAGUCUCAUCAUUGAAAGCACAUGAGAUAGAUCCUUGUGACUGCCCAUCAUGGAACAGAAUAUAAAAAUAAUCUGUGAAAAGGAAUUUUACCAAUUCUUCUCCUUCUAUUUUUUCCCUCCCAAGAUUUUGGGAUUAAGCUUUGAAUUAUGGUACAGCAUUUUUGAGUUGAGUAACCCAUCGAAAGAAAAUUCUAUAGUCAUGAUUUAACAUGGUAGAAUAA